AUGAAGACCGCUUUCUACUCGCCGAUGGUGAACGACGCGGAGAGAGUCAACCGAGUUCUGAUAACCUGUGUUCGAGCUCUUCUGGACGAAAACCAUGCAGGAUGGGACGAGAAUCUAGCGGCAAUCACAGCGGCGAUAAACAGCGCCAAGCAUGAUGUAACGGGAGUGAGUCCUCACUUCGCCAACUUCGGACGGGAUUUUUUACUCCACACCGACCUCUACGCUCAAGAAGACCUGAAUACACCAGAGGAUUCAAAGGUAGCUCAGGACAUGCGGCUGUCCACGUUGAAGAGAAUCCAGAACUUCGUGCUGCAGCGCAUAAAGAAGAACCAUGAAAAGUCGAAGCAGCGGUACAAUCUGAGAACACGUCAGGUUGACUUCAAGAUCGGCGAUAUCGUUUGGAGACGGACCUUCACUCAAUCGUCCAAGGCAGAUCAGGUGUACAAGAAGUUGGAACCGAAGUACGUUCCGGCUACAGUCAAGCAUAUUCUUGGGAAAAACAUCUACGCGCUAGAAGACGUCGCAGAUGGAAAGCAAGGCCGCUAUCAUGCCAAGGACAUCAAGGCGGAUUAA